UUGCGUGUAGAGUCGGUUUUACAUAGAUUUGCGUCAUGGAGGAGAGGGUUCGAGAGGAAGGUGGUGCUGCGGGAUGUACCGACGUGGCUGUCAACAUGGUUCAGCCUGACGACACAAGUGAGGCCUGCAAGCUGAUGGUUGAUCCUAAAGUUGUUCGUAUAGCUGGACAAUAUGACCUUGUCAACUUGGCACACCAAGUACAAAAUGCAGAUCGUUUCAUUCGAGCCACAGCAGGCAGCAAACUACAACAAAUAGCUAGUCAGAUUCACUUCCUCCAACAGCAGGCACGUGAAGUAUUACUACAAGCAAAACGAGAUGCUCAACUUCAUCAUGCAGCAUGUAACUUCCAGAAGCGUCCAGGCCAGAUAUAUCAUCUAUACGAAAAACCCAAUGGAAGCACAUAUUUCUCAAUGUUGAGUCCAAGUGACUGGGGAAAAUCUCAGCCACACAAUCAUGUUGGCAGCUUUCGCCUCGAGAUGGACAUGUCGUGGACUCCACUAGAAGAACUAGAGAAGCGCCAGAAAGAACUCAAAGCGAUCGAUCGUGUGCUGGACUCACAGAACAUCAACAUUACGUAUACAAUGGGGGAUGAUGACAGUUAACUUAGUUUGUAUUGUAGUAUUGUUGCUAUUAUAUGUAGUAAUCAUGAAUUAUUAUGAAUAUAAUUCAUAAACUUGCUCAUUGUAUCACCAAUAGUGGAAUCAAGAUUUUGUAUAUCGGUAUGUUUACUAACUGAUGAC